AUGCUUGCCUCCAGUGAUCGCCGUGACGUCACCGCGCGCCGGCCAAUCGCGUGCCCGAGCGCGCGGGGCGGCGGCGCGAGCGCAGCGCGGGCCAGUCGCGCCCCGCCGCCGGCCCGGCCGCGCGUGCCGGCCGACGGGCCGACUCCCCUGGCCCUAUCCACCAGUGAGUGUGUGUUUCUUAAUUGGAGCGCUCGUGAAAAACCACGCCGGCCUCCAGAAUACAGGACCUUCAACGUGGGACGCCAGCCUUCGCUCGACGGGGAUGGAGGAGUGACACUUCUUCCCAUGGGACCUGUCAACAGGGAGGAGGACAAGUCAAACUUCACUGGCGGCUGAAGUGACGUCCAUCAACAUGGCGAAAGAUAAUUCAAUUCGCGCGUGGCGAUAGUCUGGGCAUCCCGGCGGGCUGGCUGUGCUACUUAGCGCCGGAGCUGGUGCGGGCGCUUCGCCCCCACGCGUCGCUCCACCUGCCUUUCUCUAAAGCCACCGACGUUUAUGC